AAGUCCAAGCGACUUUACCAAGGAAUAGUUUGCUGAGCUACAAAACUUUGUCCUGAUCACGGCUGGUGAGAGAGGAGUUUAGCAUAUCAAACACCACGUAGAAACACUGUUAUAGCUCAUAGAUCAGAUGGUAUCCUCUGCGAGUUCUUUUGCCGGGGUAGAAGAUUCCGCAUAGACUUUAUUGUGCACACAAUCAAAGCUUGUCGAGUCGACAUCAAAUAAUUCAAAGGCGAAGGAGCGACCUAGGUGACACUGCCAACACUGAGGUAUGGCGCCAGGCAAACUAGCUGUGCCCCCUGGAUACUAUUUGAGAAUCACCCGCAGGAUUCUACAAAUAUUUAGCGGGAAAGACUUGGAUAUUGGACAAAGAUACCCGGGUUAUGGCGUUAUGCCCAGGGACUACCCACCAUGCAACCCCAAACCUGGUGAGGCGACAAGGAUACACACGAAUUAUUAUCUGAGCCGUGACACGCGGCGCAGCAUGACGCCACCCAAGUCACUGCACAGCGACAUCAAAGCAUUGUCUGGAGCAGCAGAUGGCACUACUUCUGCAGCACAGAACCGAGACUGGUGGAAGGCAUCCCAGUGAGCGCUUCGGAGGUGCAGCUCAAUAUCGAUCGCCAUUGUGUUGAAAUGUCUAUAUAAGUGCACAGUCAUGCUGAUGUGGUGCCACACACACACACACACACACACACGCACACGCACACACACACACGCACACACACACUGAAAACCAUGAUGUACAUGUGUAUUAUGGCCAUCUGACACAUACAAUACCCGUGAACACGCCAUGCCGUACAUACUGAACUCACGAAUCGCUGCCAGGUUAACGGUGGUACUUGAAGUGCUAUCACAACCCUGCUAUUGUAUGAUAGAAAUCAAUGCUAUGCAAGUAACACAAAAGCGGAAUACGGAAUGAAGAAGUCAGCAUACGUGUGUGUGUGUGUGUGUGUGUGUGUUGUGUGUGUGUGUGUGUGUGUGUGUGUGUGUGUGUGUGUGUAUGUGCCAUGUUUUGGCCAUUUUGUAGUCUUGCUUCGUGUACAAUAUGAUCAUGCCUGCAUGACAUACCACAUUUACUUGUCCUUAGUGAAUUGAUUUAAGCUAGUGGAAAAACUGCAUGGCCUGCCACAAUGUGUUUCAUAAAUUGAAUAGGAAGCGUGAUUUCAGCAUAUUUAUAGCGUUUCAUACUGUUUCAUUUCAUUUUUGAUGAGUAUGUUUGUUCAAAACGUUCUCAGUUGA